AUGUACGGUGCCUACGGAGCCGGAUAUGGCCCGGGUUACGGCCAGGGCUACAGCCAAGGCCAAAGCUACAACCAGGUUGGCCCUCCUGGAUAUUCCCAAGGCAACCAAGGCUACAGCCAGGGCCAAGGCUACAGCCAGGGCCAAGGUUACAGCCAGGGCAGCAGCCAAGGCUACGGCCAGGGCUACAGCCAAGGCUACGGGCAAGCUGGGUAUGCAGCUCCCGCGUACCAAGCUGGCUACGGCGGUCAUGCGCGGCCGGCGAUGCCUCCACGCCCAUUGCCGGGAAUGGAUCCCGCCACGGGAAUCGUUUGGCCAGGAGGGCAGAGGCCCCCCGGACCCAUGGUGAAGGCCGGUAACUUGGCCAAGGACAUCACCGUGCCCACUUUGACGCAGGCACUGACGAAGUGGGGAGUUGAUGGCAUCAAGGAGGUCCUCCUAACCGAAAGCCGAUUUGGCCAAGUGGCCCUCUUCCUCUUUAAGGAGGUGGAGAAGGCUCAGCUCAUGAUGAUGGCCCAGGGCGUCGAAGUCUCAGGCCGGCCCCUGAUGCUCGAGUUCCUCCCGGCGCCGAGUAACGCCAAAGCUGCUGAGAAAAAGCCCGCCAAGGAGGCAAAAAUCGUCACGGAGAUCAUGAAGGUCUCCGGCCUACCGAAGAAAAUGGAAAAGUCUGAGCUUGUCACGCACCUCCGCUCGCACGGCGUGCUCGGCAUUUCCCAGGUGGUUCUCGAGAAACACAACACCGCCCUCGUCCGUUUCAACGAAGAAAGAGAUGUUCCGAAGGCCAUCGACAAGGCCGGGCUCAGAGCCUGA